AUGGGAAGUUAUAUCGAGCCUUCCUUUGUAUAUCUGUUGGGGGCCGGUGUAGGCCACUCGAUUGCACCUCCAGUCCAUAACUAUAUCGCUGCCACUGUGGGUUGUCCCUGGAAGUUCGAGGCCCGCGAAUGUCCCUCCAUCAAAGAUGCCGCGGCUCUACUUCGACAGCCAGGUUUUGCCGGAGCGAUAGUCACGAUGCCGUACAAGAAAGCAAUCAUUAACUACCUAGAAGGGGUCGAUAAAGUGGUUGUGCAACUGGGCGCUUGCAAUGUCGUCUACAUCGCGCGAGAUGGGACGCUUCGUGGCACAAAUACGGAUUGGCUUGGAGUUGCUGGUUGUCUGCUCGACACGGUUCCAACUCCCCCGGGGGAAGAUCCGCCUGCCCUCCUCGUCGGUGCCGGUGGUGCAGCCAAAGCAGCUCUUCACGCUCUCUCGACUGUUUUAAAAUGCAAGACCGUAUACAUCGUUAACCGGGAUGACCAAGAGGUCCGCGAGUUGACUAAAGAGCUCGAGAUGAAGUAUAGUGAUUUGAAACUCGUGCAUGUGCGAUCCGCAGAGCACGCAAAAGCCCUCAAAUCGCCGUACUACGUCGUCGGCACCAUUCCAAACACAGAGCCAGCGUCCGAAAAGGAAAUCGAAGUCUACAAAUCCCUUGAACUCUUCCUCUACCAGGCGAUACGUAAGGGUGUCGUGUUGGACAUGUGCUACAAGCCUCGUCGUACCAGGAUGUUGAAGCUUGCAGAGCGUUACGGAUGGACAACUAUAGAUGGGACCUCGAUAAUAGGCCACCAGCUGGAGGAGCAGUAUAGGUUGUGGUGUGGACCAGAGGCGGUGCAGAGGUUGCCUUUAGAUGGAGCAUGGAAGGUGUUGCACCAAGCUGCGGAGAGCAGCGCAUACAUCAAUGGUUGA